AUGAUCCUCUUCAGGGAUCUUGAAAAUCAGGAGAAGAAGCAGAGGCCGGAAAGAAGCGUCGUAUCUUUCCCCAGCCAGGACUCCUGCGAGCAGCAACCUGCAUGCACUGAUUUCCUACGGCCGCUAGGAGACGCUUGCAACCCAUGUUUGCAAAGCGGGCUUCCCAUUCAGCUACAUCUGACACCCCAGCCCCGGCAGUCCUGCCACGUAGUGCACUUUAUUCGUAUUUUCUGGAGGAUUUUGCUGGGGGGUGGGGUGCUUGGGGGGCUGUUGGCUGCAGAGGAACCUUUCUUUCUUUCCCACCCCCCCGUUGGAGAUGAUUGUGCUAUUAUCUUUGCCUUGCUCUGGAUGGUGGAGGGAGUCCUUGGCCAGCUGCACUACACGGUGCAGGAAGAGCAGGAGCAUGGCACGUUCGUGGGCAAUAUCGCCGAAGAUCUGGGCUUGGACAUUACAAAACUUUCGGCUCGCCGUUUUCAGACGGUCCCCAAUUCGAGGACCCCUUAUUUGGACCUUAACCUGGAGACUGGGGUGCUGUACGUGAACGAGAAGAUCGACCGCGAACAGAUCUGUAAACAGAGCCCUUCAUGCGUCCUGCACCUGGAGGUCUUCCUGGAGAACCCGCUGGAGCUGUUCCGGGUGGAGAUCGAGGUGUUGGACAUAAAUGACAACCCACCAGCCUUCCCAGAGCCCGACCUGACAGUGGAGAUCUCAGAGAGCGCCACACCAGGCACCCGCUUCCCACUGGAAAGCGCCUUCGACCCAGACGUGGGCACUAACUCGCUGCGUGACUACGAGAUCACCCCCAACAGCUACUUUUCUCUUGACGUCCAGACCCAGGGAGAUGGCAACCGCUUCGCCGAGCUAGUACUGGAGAAACCGCUGGACCGGGAGCAGCAGGCGGUGCACCGCUACGUGCUGACCGCGGUGGACGGGGGAGGUGGAGGAGAAGGAGGAGGGGCAGGAGGCGCCGGAGGAGGGGGCUCCCCUCAGCAACAGCGCACGGGCACGGCCCUGCUCACUAUCCGAGUACUGGACUCCAACGACAACGUGCCCUUUGACCAACCCGUUUACACUGUGUCCCUGCCUGAAAACUCACCCCCAGGUACUCUGGUCAUUCAGCUGAACGCCACGGACCCAGAUGAGGGCCCGAACGGUGAGGUGGUGUACUCAUUUAGCAGUCACAUCUCACCGAGGGCGCGGGAGCUCUUUGGUCUGUCCCCGCGUACUGGCCGCUUGGAGGUGAGCGGGGAGCUGGACUAUGAGGAGAGUCCAGUCUAUCAGGUGUAUGUGCAAGCUAAGGACUUGGGGCCCAACGCCGUGCCGGCACAUUGCAAGGUACUUGUGCGGGUGCUGGACGCCAAUGACAACGCACCCGAAAUAAGCUUCAGCACAGUCAAGGAGGCUGUGAGUGAGGGCGCGGCGCCGGGCACUGUGGUCGCCCUGUUUAGUGUGACUGACCGCGACUCCGAGGAGAACGGGCAGGUGCAGUGUGAGCUGCUCGGUGACGUGCCGUUCCGUCUCAAGUCCUCUUUCAAGAACUACUACACUAUUGUGACCGAGACCCCACUGGACCGGGAGGCAGGAGACUCGUACACUCUGACAGUGGUGGCCCGGGAUCGCGGCGAGCCCGCACUGGCCACCAGCAAGUCCAUACAGGUGCAGGUGUCGGACGUGAACGAUAACGCUCCGCGCUUCAGCCAACCUGUCUACGACGUGUAUGUGACCGAGAAUAACGUGCCAGGCGCCUACAUCUACGCCGUGAGCGCCACCGACCGAGACGAGGGAGCCAACGCCCAGCUUGCCUAUUCCAUCCUGGACUGUCAGAUCCAGGGCAUGAGCGUCUUCACUUACGUGUCCAUCAACUCAGAGAAUGGUUACUUGUACGCGCUGCGCUCCUUCGAUUACGAGCAGCUCAAAGACUUCAGCUUCCAAGUGGAAGCCCGGGACGCAGGCAGCCCUCUAGCCCUGGCCGGCAACGCUACCGUCAAUAUUCUCAUUGUAGACCAGAACGACAACGCUCCCGCCAUCGUGGCGCCCCUACCCGGGCGCAACGGAACUCCAGCGCGCGAGGUGCUGCCUCGCUCAGCAGAACCUGGCUACCUUCUCACGCGGGUGGCGGCAGUGGACGCAGACGACGGAGAGAAUGCCCGCCUCACUUACAGCAUCGUGCGGGGCAAUGAGAUGAGUCUAUUCCGCAUGGACUGGCGCACGGGGGAGCUCCGCACCGCACGCAGGGUGCCGGCCAAGCGCGACCCCCAGCGGCCUUACGAGCUGGUGAUAGAGGUGAGGGACCACGGGCAGCCUCCGCUGUCGUCCACCGCAACGCUGCAGGUGCAGCUGGUCGACGGGGCAGUGGAACCCUUGGGCGGCGGUGGUGGGGGCGGAGCAGGAGGAGGUCCUGGUGGAGAACACCAGCGUCCCAGCCGCUCUGGCAGCGGGGAGACCUCACUGGACCUCACCCUCAUUCUUAUCAUUGCCCUGGGCUCAGUGUCUUUUAUCUUCCUACUGGCCAUGAUAGUACUGGCAGUACGCUGCCAGAAGGAGAAAAAGCUUAACAUAUACACGUGCCUGGCCAGUGACUGCUGUCUUUGCUGUUGCUGCUGCUGUGGGGGUGCAGGCGGCGGGGGCUCCUCCUGCUGCAGCCGCCAAGCUCGGGCGCGCAAGAAGAAGCUCAGCAAGUCGGACAUUAUGUUGGUUCAGAGCUCCAAUGUACCCAGCAAUCCGGCGCAGGUACCAGUGGAGGAGUCCGGAGGGUUCGGCUCCCAUCACCACAACCAGAACUACUGCUAUCAGGUCUGUCUGACUCCGGAGUCUGCCAAGACCGACCUGAUGUUCCUCAAACCCUGCAGCCCUUCCCGGAGUACUGACACUGAGCACAACCCCUGCGGGGCCAUCGUCACUGGCUACACUGACCAGCAGCCCGAUAUCAUCUCCAACGGCAGCAUACUGUCCAACGAGACUAAACAUCAGCGAGCAGAGCUCAGUUAUCUAGUUGACAGACCUCGUCGGGUAAACAGUUCUGCAUUCCAGGAAGCUGACAUAGUAAGCUCUAAGGACAGUGGACAUGGAGACAGUGAACAAGGAGACAGCGACCAUGACGCCACCAACCGGGGUCAGUCUUCUGGCAUGGAUCUCUUCUCCAAUUGUACUGAGGAGUGUAAAGCUUUGGGCCACUCGGAUCGAUGCUGGAUGCCUUCCUUUGUCCCCUCAGAUGGACGCCAGGCAGCAGAUUACCGCAGCAAUCUGCAUGUUCCUGGGAUGGACUCUGUGCCAGACACUGAAGUGUUUGAAACACCAGAAGCCCAGCCUGGGGCAGAGAGGUCUUUCUCCACCUUUGGUAAAGAGAAGGCCCUUCACAGCACUCUGGAGAGGAAGGAGCUGGAUGGACUGCUGUCUAAUACACGAGCGCCUUACAAACCACCAUAUUUGACACGGAAACGGAUAUGCUAGUCAAUUCUACAGGACUUACCUGACGCAGCAUGAUUUGCACAAAAAGUCAACCAACAAAAGCAUCAACUUUUCAACUUCAUUAUCUUGGCCAUCCAGUUCUGUGUAACUGAGGAUUCGAUUGCUGUUGGAGUCACCAGGGCCCACAAUCAGACCGUAUUGCUCUCAGCAGGCCUGAGAAAUGAGUUGAAAUGUGCAGAACUGUAGAACCUUCAGAGGCAACUGACCUUGCUUCUCUGAUCAGUGUGUGCCUGUUUACAGCACUAUAUAUCUUUCUCUCUCCAAAAUGUCACUGAGCCCUCUAGAUGUUUAUAUUCACCACAAGAAGCCAAUCGUACAAGAUAAAGGAAAUUUGUGCAUUAUAAAUGCAAUAUCACUGUUUUAAACUUGACUGUUUUAUAUUAUUUUUGUGUGAUCAAGUGUUCCCCCCAAACUAUUCCAACUUUACAAGAGAGAUUGUGAUCAUGUUCACCUGUGGGUCAUCGAAAUGUUGUUCCUCCGAAGACCCACAAAAUAUCAAAGACAUUCUCUGUAGUUUAUACACCGUGUUGCAAAGUGUUUACUGUAAUAUUUCAAAGCUUCUAAAUAAAUAUAAAAUAUAUAUAUA